UGGACGGAGGAAGAGCCGUGCUGCUGGGCGCUGCUCCUCCAGCCUGAGCCCAGAAGCCGCCUCUGCCUGCGUCCCUGUCACCCUGUCCAGGCACCUCUGCUCAGGACUUGCAUUCCUUCCGAAGCUCUCAGACAAUGGUUUCCCUAAUCUCUGACUUGGACUCCCUGAGAGGCUGGAAAGUGUUAAGAGAUACUGCCACAGAGUUAUCUGGAAGUCCACCAAGACUUUUGGAUCUUGUUUCUUCUCAACCACAUUCUUUGUUUGGAUCGAAUCACUAUUUACCAAGUAACGGCACAGCCAACAAGAUGAACGGAGCUUUGGAUCAUUCAGACCAACCAGACCCAGAUGCCAUUAAGAUGUUUGUCGGACAGAUCCCUAGAUCCUGGUCAGAAAAGGAGCUGAAAGAACUUUUUGAGCCUUAUGGAGCUGUCUACCAGAUCAACGUCCUCCGGGACCGGAGUCAGAACCCUCCCCAGAGUAAAGGUUGUUGUUUCGUAACGUUUUAUACAAGAAAAGCUGCACUUGAGGCCCAGAAUGCACUGCACAAUAUUAAAACUUUACCUGGGAUGCAUCAUCCCAUUCAGAUGAAACCUGCAGAUAGUGAAAAGUCAAACGCUGUGGAAGACCGAAAAUUGUUCAUAGGAAUGGUUUCGAAGAAAUGUAAUGAGAAUGAUAUCAGAGUGAUGUUUUCUCCAUUUGGCCAGAUAGAAGAAUGCCGGAUUCUCCGGGGACCCGACGGGCUGAGUCGAGGCUGUGCGUUUGUCACAUUUUCUACAAGGGCAAUGGCACAGAAUGCAAUCAAAGCCAUGCAUCAGUCUCAGACCAUGGAGGGUUGCUCUUCACCUAUCGUGGUGAAGUUUGCUGACACUCAGAAGGACAAAGAGCAAAGACGCCUCCAGCAGCAGCUGGCACAGCAGAUGCAACAGCUCAACACUGCCACUUGGGGGAACCUGACAGGGCUGGGCGGACUUACCCCACAGUACCUGGCGCUUCUACAGCAGGCCACCUCCUCCAGCAACCUGGGUGCGUUCAGUGGCAUUCAGCAAAUGGCUGGCAUGAAUGCUUUACAAUUACAGAAUCUGGCAACACUGGCUGCUGCUGCUGCCGCCGCCCAAACCUCAGCCACCAGCACCAAUGCAAACCCUCUCUCUACCACAAGCAGUGCCCUGGGAGCCCUCACAAGUCCCGUGGCUGCUUCAACCCCCAACUCCACUGCUGGUGCAGCCAUGAAUUCCUUGACCUCUCUUGGGACUCUGCAAGGAUUGGCUGGAGCCACUGUCGGACUGAAUAAUAUUAAUGCACUAGCAGUUGCUCAAAUGCUCUCAGGUAUGGCGGCUCUGAAUGGAGGACUUGGCGCCACGGGCUUGACGAAUGGUACGGCCGGCACCAUGGACGCCCUAACCCAGGCCUACUCAGGAAUUCAGCAGUAUGCAGCAGCUGCACUGCCCACUCUGUACAGCCAGAGCUUGCUGCAACAGCAGAGUGCUGCGGGCAGCCAGAAGGAAGGUCCAGAGGGGGCAAACCUCUUUAUUUACCACCUUCCACAGGAGUUUGGAGACCAGGACAUUCUGCAGAUGUUCAUGCCCUUUGGAAAUGUUAUCUCUGCUAAAGUCUUCAUUGACAAACAGACCAAUCUGAGCAAGUGCUUUGGUUUUGUUAGCUAUGACAAUCCAGUCUCUGCACAAGCUGCAAUCCAGGCUAUGAACGGCUUUCAGAUCGGCAUGAAACGCUUGAAGGUGCAGCUGAAGCGCUCCAAGAACGACAGCAAACCUUACUGAUCCUAACCCCAGAAGCUCCCUGCUCUUAUUUUAGCUUUCUUAGGACAUCUUCAUGCCCGUUAGUUCAUCGUUUGCCUAGCAUGUCCCUGUGGCGUCUCAAAAAAAGUUUCAUCGUCCCGUCAUUGUUUCUGAUGUCUUUCUGACCUCACAUCAUAUUUGGUUCUCCUACUGACCUUUGAUCUAGUUUGACCUUUGAAAUUUGCAUGUGACCUCAUCUAGCUAUGAAUUCUGGGAAGUCAAUGUGAAAAACAUUGCUGCAUUCAUGCAAGACUGAAACUAUUAGACAAAUUAUAGAAAAAAAAACCUGUGGCAAAAAUGUUUCUUUCUUAUUUUUUUUUCUUUUCAUAAAACAGACUUGAAAGUAUUACACAGGGAUUGAUUGGCAUUCUUCCCGGUCACUGGUGACAAUAGCAAUAUGUGUCCAGGGACACAGAAUGUUGGUUUCUAACAGACUACUUCCAAAAACAGUUUGAGAAAAAAAAAAAAAAACUGUCUGAUUUUAAGUCUCUAGAGGUCUGUAAUAGUUUUUACAUUUUUCAGGCAGUGUAAAGUUUUUUGAUAAGGCCAUUUUAGGUGGCUCACUUUCUCAUUAAGAUAUAUAUAUAGAACCACUUUUUGUAGAUUAGUAUAAGAAAACUAUUUACCCUGUUUUGGGGCAAAUGCUACCUAUUUGUGUCACCUUUUGCUGAACUGACUCACAGUUAGACAAUCCAUGGUUUGACGCCCAUGAAAUGACCUAUAUUUUAUACUGUUUCAAUGUACAGGAGAAAGGUUACUGUAAACUGUGUCAUGUCGGUGCUUCUGUGGAUUCAGUUGUACUCUCCUCACGAGUCUCGAGGUCUUAAUGUUACUUGUUGAUAAGACAAGCUUAGAAUUGGUUUUCUUAAAACAAAAAAAAAAAAAAGAAUCUCAAAAAAAAAGUUGUUUGCUUAAAAAAAUAAUUUCAUGUGAGAGAAAAAAAAAAAACUAUUCCAGAAUAAGUUUUGUGUUGGCUUGAGAAGCAUUGAUGUCACUUUUUUUUAUUGUGGACUAUUAGAUGUGUUUGUGUUCAGCAAAAUGUGAUCUGUUUUUGUUUUUUCUUUUAAAGAAAAAAGUGAAAACUAUAUAGUGCCAAAUUCCAAAGGUACUUCCUUCCUAGAGCUCCGGUGUGUUUCUUGUGAGAAGUAAUUUGAUAACAUGGGUAUUUUAUUAUGUGUUUUGUAUAAAUCCCUAAUAUUUAAAAAAAAAAAAAAAAGGUUACAAAGUUUGUUAACUUGCUAUUCUGUGGUCUUGUUGCCUGAACUUGUUAUCGUUUGUUAUUUCUCUAUGCUGUUUUUUGUAAGACAUUGUAUAAGUGCCCAUGUGUCACUUUUUUAACCACUCUAUACACAUCAAUGCUGUGAAGGCAACCCUCACAAUGUAUUUUCUUCAUAAUAUCUGGAAACCUCUAAGGUGAGAAAGUCUUGAACUUUUAACCCUUUCUACCCAGAGCUAUCUGGAAUGUUGGUACCUUUUUAUACUGUCGGCCUUGGGUUGUUUUGGGGUGUUUCUGAUUUGGAUUUUUCCCAUCUACAUCCUCUAAGUUCUUAUUUUUGUUCUUUGAGACCCACCCACACACCCAAAACUCUUAAGUCUUUUUCCUACACUUUUUUUUUUUUAAUUCACCCCCAUUCCUAUUGUCUUACGCUCCUUUAGUUUAAGUGUAAAAGAUGGAGUUAAACCCUGUGGAGGUAAAAACAGGUAGACUUAGCCCCAACGUAAACCCUAAAGACACCAUUUGCUUUUUGAGAUGGGGUUCCAUGGUAUGUCCUAGUGUAUAAUAUUUUCAUACACCCUGCAGUUAAAUGGCUUUUGAAUGGUUCAGUCUUUCAAGGAAUUUUGCUCUUGUUUCUUAAACACUCGUAAGUAAUGCUGAAUCAGCCAUUGUGUUAGGGAUUCUUGGACUCCAAUGGACACCUGAAUAUGCAAGGUAUCUGUGUGAAAAGCCCACGGCCUUUCCUUGCCUCUCCAGUUUUCUAGGGUGUUUUGACUUUUGAUUGAACACAUUUAAAGGGGCUGGCCAUGUAAGAGGAGCUCAGCUGUGUUCUUCACCACAAUGAACCAAAUACCCAGGCCCAGUUCCUGCUGCCACUUUUUAAAGUGCCAUAUUCCUCUGAGUCUGGCUUUGGAUGAACAGAAGUCUUGUUCUGACAGACCCUAAUGUCACACCUACAGUCCCAGCACACACCCAGCCUCGGGGAAAGCAUAACCUGCAAGCUUCUGGCCUCAGCUCCCUUUCCCCUAUCACCCACCCCAUUGGUUUAAUGUGUGUGUGUGAAUGUGUUAGAUAGCCCUGAGAUGGAAAGGAUUAGCCUCUCACAAUGCAAAAAAAAAACAAGUUUCCUCCUUACAGCACGUGCACUUCCAAUGACAUGAUUCGUGUUCCCCACACCUGUUUACUACUGCCGGGGCCUUCCUUCAUCCUUGAGGGCUAUUUUGUACUUUCUGCAGCACUCAGCUUAAUAACAAAGUGGUCACACACAUUUCUCAGUCUCUACUAUAUGGUGGUGUGUAGAUACACGUGUAGAAACCAAGAGAAUUCCAGUUGUAUUUCAUAGACCAUCUCAUUCAGAUCUAUUCAUUUAUCAAUGACAUAAAUCUUAAAAAAAAAAAAUCAGAUUUUUUUUCCCAUGGAUGCAAACUGCCCUCCUUCCUCUUCACCCCCUGCAGUCCCCCGAAGAGGCUCGGGCCGGCAGGACUUUCUGUUGAGUGUUUCUCAUUUUGCAGGCAACCAAGACAGUACAUUAAGAGGGAGGUUUGGGGUUUUGCAUGUUUCAUUGUUAGAAAGGUAACCUUCCUCAGAGACAAACUGUCCUCUAUCUUUAAUGUCAAAAGGACAAAGCCGUGAGGGUGGACAGGGCCUGUUUUGGAAGACUUUGGAAACACAGGGAAACUGCGUUUUUAAACAUCAAGUGUAGAGCAUAGUCUUUUCCAGCUCACUCCGAGAACUCUGAUUGAAUGGCACCCCCCAGGUGUCCCAAGUUCACCUUUCUCUCACCGCAGGGGUUCUGCUUCUUUGGCUUGUGCUACUCUGGAAUCAUUUACUGUUUCUGUUUUUAUUAUCUUAAGUGCUAAUUAAAAAGAAAUAAAAUUUUAAAAAAAUGUAGUUUCAUUACCUUUUGAAUAAUGUCAUACAAAAAAAUGUAUUUGUGUUUUUUGUGCUGUGGGAAUUGUUGUUUGUAGAUUAAUAAUACCAUUUUGUUUAGAAUUACAAAAUAGUUUUUAAAUAUUGUCUGAGAAAAGCCAAAGUUAAUGCAACCUAGUGGAAACUGUAAGACCAUUUGAGUAUUGUUUCUGUUUUAUUGAUGCAUUUGGAUUUUGUUGUUUGAUGGAAUUUGAGCCAAAAAACAAAAACGCAGGCUUUCCUAUUUCUACAACUGAUUGUACUUAUGCAUUUUGUACCAGUGGGAUUUUUUAUACUGGAGAUUAAAAAAAUGGAAAUUUUUGUGGCUUACUCUUGUGGGCCCCUGACAAUGACUGAUUUCAAGUUUGAUUUCUGGCUGAUAGAAAGAAAGUUGCUUUUCUUUUAAGAAUUAAAAACUUUGGCUUGAUUUCUUUGUUCCCUUUGCUUAUAUCUAGCAUUAGAAUUUUGUCUGAAAAUACAGCGGUAAGUUUCACUUUUUAUUCUGUAUUGUGCAGUUACACAAUAAGAUAACUAGACUUAGAAGUACUCAGUCACUUUAAGUGGAUAAAUGUAUUAGUUAAACUUUAGGAGUUUGCUUUUUUGCUGUUUAGAUUGAAGUUUUUUCUGACCCUCCUGUCCUCAUUGUGAACAUAACCGUGUAGUUGAAACAGUCAGACUUAUUUUUGUAAUGUAUGUUAUUGUGUGAUGCGAUUUUUUGCUUCUGUCUCCAAUAUUAAACCAUUUUCCUAAUA